CGACAUACACACAUUAACCGCAUCGCAUCGCAUAGCGCACCUAUCGCAUUUCCCUUCGUCAACAACAAUUACAGAGUAGCCUGUCGCGAUACGAGUGGCGUCGUAAGCUUAUCGCACAUAGCCGGCUACAAAUUCCUGACCUACAGAUACUCAUUACCGUCCUUUGCCUACGAACCUAUCCUAACCCUUCUGCCAGUAGGGCUUCUCUGGAAGAUUGUGCCACAGGAUGGACGACGAAUGGACGGUGGAUGCCAAUGAGGCUAUCACCUUGUCGCUCGUGCGACCUGGGCCAGCAAAAGAGAUCGUCAAUGUCGAAAGCUUUAAGCCGAAGUUCACAUACCCUAUCUUUGGCGAAGAGGAACAAAUUUUUGGCCACAAGGGUCUGAAGGUCAACAUUCGCUUUGAUGCUAGGGAUCUGCGCCCUAACAUUUCGGUAACAUCACAGCGCAAAUUUACCUCCGUCGGCGAUGUCGAGGCGUUGGAUGUGAGAGAGACUAUGAAGGAAUAUUUGCCUGGUGUCGCAUUUCAAUCCAAGAAAGAAUUCGAGCUGUCCGUGAAUAACCUUUCUGAUACGUGGAAACCUCCCGGAAGUUUAGUGAAGAAGAUAGAUAAGAAUGGCGAGACGUAUGAAAUCUGGCACGGAACCUUAGCCAUGCCCGCUGUUCAUCAGAUGAUGAAGCGUAUCCAGGUUGCGGUCCUGUUCUACAUCGAAGGUGGAUCCUACAUAACUGAACUAGAUGGACCGGAUGAAUCAGAGACUUCUCUUGCUCGAUGGUCUGUGUUCUGGGUUUACAAGGUUGCUACCGUCAUGGAUAAGGCCCAGUACACUUUUCAGGGUUAUGCAACUACGUACAACUUUUGGAUGUACCAACCACCAACGCCACCGACCUCACCUAGCGCUGGGAAGGAGAAUGGUUCCUGGGAGCUUUCAAAAGGUGACUCUGACAGUGAGAUGAUCCACCGCAUGCGAAUUUCUCAAUUCUUGAUCCUUCCCCCUUUCCAGGGAAAGGGCGUUGGUUCUAUGCUUUAUAGCACAAUGUUCGACAUUGCGAUGAACUCCUCUAAAACGAUAGAAGUAACAGUCGAGGAUCCGAACGAGGAUUUUGAUCUCUUACGGGACUUGUGCGAUAUCAAGUAUCUUCGCAAGAAUGUACCUGAGUUUGCCGAACUUAAGGUGAACACCAACGUUCCUCUUCCUGGAAAGGGUGGUCUAUUACACAACAACACCCAGAUAUCUCUCAGUGACGGGAACCGCUCUGAUGAGGGAAUUGUGGAUAUGGAAAAGCUCGAGAGUCUCCGGGUUAAGAAUAAAAUUGCGCCACGACAGUUCUCGCGACUGGUGGAAAUGCAACUCAUGGCCAAGCUACCCGACUCCGUCCGACCGCGAGCCGAUCCCGAGGCCAAGAAGCCAGCCGCUUCGAAAACCGACAAGCACGAGUAUGCUCUUUGGCGCCUUCUUCUCAAGCAACGUCUCUAUCGUCGCAAUGUCUCCAUUCUUGGAGAAUUCGAGGUCACCGAACGAAUUAUCAAGUUAAAUGAGACCCUCGAUAACGUCGAGUGGGAGUACGCUCGAAUUCUUGAUCGGGUUGAGCCGAAGCCUGUUACCCCUACUAAAAUUGUGGUCGUUAGCGGCAAGAGGAAAUCCAACGGCGAAGCUGACGCAGAAAGUCGUUCGAACAAGAAGGUACGAGUUUCAGAUGAAUGAAGGGGCUACAAACACGUAGAUCGCUGCUUUGAGUGCUCUGGAGGUUUCUGGUUGGUCAUGUGGCAAAGGAGUUUAGGCUGAUUCUAUGAUACCUGCUUUGCAUUGACGUUUCUGAGGGGUUUGGCAUACCUAUGAAGGAGAUUCGGGUGGUCUACAUAGCCCCUGCGUCUAUGGGACACUGGAGGAAUAUGGACACAACCCUCGG